ACUCACUACCAGACACUUUUCUAAAGACUUCGGACCUGGCAGUACAUUCUGUGAUUUCAAGUAGCGUUAGUAGUUUGCCAUAGUUCAACGGAUAACAACGUACUAUUCUAAAGCUCUCCUGAAUCAAAUUAACGAACGAGACACAUAGCACAAAGCCGCAAAAAUGUUCAAAAACCACUUAGAAAUGAUUGGGCGGAAUGAGACGGCCAGCAAGAAGGCAAAGUUCUGGCAGUCAUAUAUUCGAUCCUUAAAAGGAUCCGAGGAUAUCCGUGCUCAGGAGUCUCCACGCACCCGCGCCUACAGACCCUUGAGCUUUGGCGGAGAUCUUCCCCACUACAGGAGUAUCUACGAUGAUCCUGCGGCCCCAGCAGAACGUAUCACUGUUCCUGGAUAUCGGUACCUUCCGGUUCAUCGUGAGACCUAUGGAUACUCCCCAAGGCCCAUCUAUCAGAGCAACUACAGACCAAGCUAUGAACCAAGACACUACGAUCCAGAGAAGGCUUGGAAUGAUCAUCUCGAUCGCAUGGCUGAACUCGAGAGGAGAUACCCAUCACGCUAUGGAUUGUACUUAAAAGACAAACCUAGUUUUGCUCUUGGUCCACUCGAAUAUGAACCAGAAACGAAGCCGUCUGGAAAUCGCGCAUCCAGCGUACCACCGCCAUCAUUUCGCGCCGGAAGUGUCCCACCGAUGAGAGCGGGCAGCCCAUUUAGGGAAUUGAGUGUGCCCCGUGGUCUGCGUGCCAGUUCCGUGGAUCCAUUGGACAAUUUGCUGGACAACUUGCGUAUGCCACUCUAUUCAACAGGAAGAUCGCCAACACCCGUGAAAAUCGGACGUUGGGCACCACGUCCUUCUGAAAUCGCCUAUGACUCUGACGGUCUGCCAAUCUUCACUCGUGGUGGUCUCAGCCCAAGCACUUUCGAUCGCCUGAUGAACCCGAGUCCAGCUAGUCCACUCUCAUCAAUCACGAGGGAUCCAUGGUGGUGGGAUCUGGGAGAUCUCCGACCAGCCUACUAUCCAUUCAACCGAUCACCAUCGCUGCUCAGGGAUUCUUACUUGUCGCCCGUGAAGCGCCGCUACUUGUGGACAAAGCACCCCAUUCGCCCCUUCGAUGACAUACUCUUAGACUUCUAAAUAUCACUACCCUUGUUUCAAGUUUUCUUGCUCAUGUGGAUCGCUAUUGGUAACUGGUUUGAUGAUGGAGAAGGAGUUUCUCUCAAUAAAAUUGCUGCCUAAUAAAAUUGGAAUUUGUGCAAAUUUACUAAACACAUGAUCAUUUUUUCUCGUCCUUUUUCUAUUUAUUUCUCUCAAAAGAUGUAAAACUCAUUUCUCGUUAAAUAAAAAGUAAAACACACUACCACA